AUGAGCGCCGACGAAAACGGAGAUACCCCAAUGAUGCCUGCCCCGAACGGCGAGCCUCUUCCUGACACCUCGGCGACUGCGACCCCAGGGAAAAGAAAGCGGUCUGCCCAAGAGGAGAACUUGGUUGUCGACUCGAACACAUCCACCACGUCGCGUGAUAAAGCAACUCUUCACGAGAAUCUACGCAGCCUCGUGGGCCUCCUUAUCAAACAUGACGCCGAGCUUCAGCUUCUGUCCUGCCCCUUCCCCACGUCCGGAACGAAGCCGCGCAUGAAGCGCGCCAAAACGUCCAGCGACCAAGAGACGACCAACGUCCAAGCUCGCGUCGAAUCGGGUCGUUACAACACGCUGCAAGAAUUCCUAGCUGAUAUUGAAAAGGCAUCCGCGGCGGUGAUCGAGCGCAACCAGAACCAGUCAAAUGGCACCAAGGCUGAUGGCAAACCUCUGACGGAGGUGGUGAAUCGCAUUGCGGCCUUCAAAAAGCACAUGAAUAGCCUCGUCGGUCAAUCCUUCGUCAAUCAAACCGAGGUCAAGGCCGAAGCCUCAGAAGACGAGUCCGAGCAAUCAGCGGAAGCCCUAGCAUCCAUUCCUGGUGCUCGUGAGGACCGACAAGCAUUGACAUUCUUCGGUGCAAACCCUUCAAACCAAGGCAACCCGAAGCAGUUAUUCUCGAGUCUACAAAAAUCGGUCAAGGUUCCAUUACAAUCCUCCGAGUCCGACAUUGAAAAAUUCGUUGAAGUUCAGGAGCAACUUCGCGAGGCCGCCCUCCCUGCCGGCAUCACAUCUACCAAAGUGGUUCCGUACAAUCUUAAUGUCACGAAGCCGCAAAAAAGGACAUUUGGCGAAGUUUUUACUCCCCGCUCAGGCCUACCGCCCAUCCAUCCUCCGCGCACCCGAAGCCAUCGAAGCUCCUCAGCCACUUGGAUCGAUCCCUUCGAUGCGGUCUUCGAUACGAAGCACUUUUUGGGCGAUCGCAAUAGCUACUGUCUGACACCUCUCCCUGCCGGCCAAUGGCUGCAAUACGGUGGCGUAACAUCCUCACCUUCCUAUUGGGCUCGACUGGAGAAGAAUCAUGCGGAGGUAGAUAACGGCCCGAAGCACGGCGAUCCUGCACUCUGGACUGGUGACGAUCCUUCUUUGCUACAGGGUGUCUUUUCGUCAUUUGCCCCGUCUUAUGACAGCUCGGGGGCCGUUCUGCAGGUUGAUACUAAGGACUUGGUGUGGUGGGGGAAGCGAGGCGCGAAGCGCUUGCGGACUUUGCUCUCUCUCCCAGAUGAAGAAGUUGAAACGCCAGUGGUACAACCGGGCAGCAUUGGUGAUCUCGAUGAGGGUGCUCUCGAUGAAAUGGUGAAACAAUUCAACCCCGAAGAUUUCGCUUAUGACCCCAGUCAAGAAGGCCCCAGCGAAGAGGAUCCUGAGUCGCGAGAGGUCGAGGAGCUGCUUCAAGAAAUUUCGGAACUGCUAGACACUCUGAGCUCGUACCAGAAGAUCCGCAACCUUCAUAUUCCCUCUUCGGGAGGCGAGACCUCUGAAACUAACGAACCUGCUGCUCCUAUGUUCGGUACCCCUGAUACCCCCUCGGACGCUGAGCGAGCUGUUUACGAAACCCUCAAAGCGAGUCUCUUCGCCAUCAUCAAAAAUCUUCCUCCAUUUGCUGUUGCAAAGCUCGACGGCGACCAACUCGCAGAGCUGAACAUCAGUCAGAAGAUUCUCGUCGAGAAUCCGGAUUACAGCGGCACCAUGGAGAAGGAUGACAAUACGCUGCAUCAGGAUCGUGCUGCAGCAAUCGCCGCUGCUGCCGCCACGAACGCGGCGGCGGCUGCGUCGAAUUCCAUGAACCGUACCUCGACGCCUACUGCUGCUCGCUCUGCAUACCAACAAAGCCCGCAAGCCGCAUAUAACCAACGUGCUGUCCCACCUAAUAAUCAGAUGUCGCAGCCUCGGCCUGGAUUCCAGGUUCCACCGCAAGCGCGACAGCCCUCCGCGGGAGGCCCGUACACCGCUGGUUAUACGGGAGCUCGCCCCCAAGCACCCCUGGACAACGGCCUGGCUACAUGCCUCAGCAUUCCCGCGACCCCCGUCCAAUGGCUACGCGCAAUCUCCACAGCAGUACACUCCGCGACCUGGACCGGCUGUGUACAAUGCUACCCCCAAGGACGCACACCUUACGCCAACGCAGGAACUCCUCAGCCGUACCAAAACGCGAACCUUACACCAUCGCAGACGGCAUACUCGAAUUCGGCUGCCGCAGUGAUUUAUGCACGUAGUGCAGCUGAGAAGCAGCAAGCAACAAAGGCUCAGCUUGCCACUCAACAACGACAGAGCCCGUCGACUCCACAACCUCAAGGACUCGAAGCUCGCUCAUCCCACGAGGGUAGCCUUACCCCCGGCAAGCAGAAUGGAACUCCCGUUCCACCGCAACAAGCAAGCUAA